AAUUAUUUUUAUUUAGAAGUUGCUGUUUAACAAUUAACUGCAAUAAAAUUACGGAUUAAAAAAUGUUUUUUAAAAUAAUUUUCUUUGUUGUUGCUGCUGCAUAUGAAAUAAACUGUGGAGUUUUAUAUAAUUUACAAGCACUAGAGAGAUUCCAAGACAGUAAUUUAACAGACGAUCAGAAACAGAAUAUAAUAAUGACUAAUACCAAUUGGUGGAGCUAUAUACCCAAUACAAGGAACAACCAAUUUGACUUUUGGGUAAAAGCUGGAUCAAACGCACAUGUUUCCAUAAGCAAUGCUCCGCAAUUUGCAAUUCCUAGGAUUGCAUUUACAAUUGGAGGUUGGGAAAAUACGCAAAGCGCAUUUUAUAUUAAUAACACUUUUGAAACAAGCAUAUCGAGCCCCGAUAUACUGGAUAAAAAUGAAUAUCGUGGUUUUUGGGUAAAAUGGACUCAAGAUGGCUACUUCUCAGUGGGUAAAAGACUUGAGGAUACACCGUUUUUAACUUAUAAGCAUACAGAGCGAUUAUUUCCGAUUAAUUUUAUUGGAGUUGGUUCAAACACUAACAAAACAGCGUAUUGGAUCAUUAACGAUGAAUUUGAUGUUAAAACAGAAAAUUAUUUAAGUAAUAUAAUUCUUAAUAAUCAGAAAAGCUUAGAAAAGAUUCAGGAAACUGAUUUAACAGAUUUUCCAAAACAAACACAAACUUAUGAGGUAAUGACCAAUUCUGCGCAGUUCCGAUAUGUACCAGCUGUACACCGAAAUCAUUUAGAUUUUUCGGUAAAAGCUGAAUCAGAUGCGCAAAUUUCAUUAAGUAACAAUGCUAGAUUUAUCGAUCCUAAGAUUGUAAUUGUAAUUGGUGGAUGGGAAAACUCAGCUAGUGUGAUUCGUAUAAAUGAUGUUAAUGUAACCAAAAGCAAUACUCCAGAUUUAUUGAAUGAUACUGAAUAUCGUGGUUUUUGGAUUAAAUGGUUUCAAGACGGCAAUAUUUUAGUUGGCAAAAAAAAUGAAUUCUUACCAUUUUUAGUGUACAAGUAUACGGAACAAUUUUUUCCAAUAAACUUUAUCGGUGUUAGUAGCUUAGACAAUCGCACUACAGCACAUUGGAUCAUCAAUGAAGACACUGAACUCUUCAGCAAACCGCGAUGUUUAGACAAUGUUCAAAAAACUGAUUUAAAAGAUUUUCAAGAGCAAAGACAAAGUUAUGAAAUAAUAACCAAUACUCCACCAUUCAGAUAUGUACCAGCUAUGAGACAACAUCGUUUAGAUUUUAGAGUAAAAGCUGAAUCAGACGCACAUAUUUCUUUAAGUAAUGCUGCAGAGUUAUUGGAUCAAUGGAAAAUGAUAAUUAUAAUUGGUGGAUUAAAUAAUACAGCAAGCUCAAUUCGAAUUCAUAAUGUUAAUGUAACCAACAACAAUACACCAAAUAUACUGAGUAAAAAUGAAUACCGUGAUUUUUGGAUUGAAUGGACUCAAGGUGGUGAUAUUUCAGUAGGCAAAAAAGAAGAAUUUAUUCCAUUUUUACUAUAUAAAUAUGUUGGACAAUUUUAUCCAGUCAAUUUUAUUGGAUUUAGUUGUGAAUCCAAUAAUAUAACAGGGCAUUGGAUUAUUUAUUAAUGAUGUUUAAAUUGAUUUCAGUUGUGAAGAAACUUGGGCGAAUAACAAAAAUUACUUUUAAUUUUACAAAAUAUAGCAAAGGAAUUGAAAGACUCUUCUUAAUUUUAUAUCAAUAUAGUUUAAAAAUUAAUGUAUAAAAUUAUUUUUUAAAUAAAUUAAUG